AUGCGUGCGAAGCACCACGCGGCCCCGUCGGCGCCGACGGCCUCAACGAAAGAGAGCGCCGACGUCCCCGCGGGGCUGCACGCCAUGCAGUGCGCCGACGAGUCCUGCGAGAGCGAGACCUGUAUACCUUUGAGCGUGGUCGGCUUUCAAAAUAAGAGCGACCUGUAUGCGGCGCGUGCAGCGUCGUACAUGAAGCACCUGUUCAGCUCCGGGAAGGACCCCUGCGCCGACUUCUACGACUUCGUGUGCGGCAACUGGAAGACCCAGAACGCCCUGCCCCCGAACCGCAGGCGCUGGGCGGUACAGGACCUGCUCGUGCAGAAGAUAGAGGGCGCCGUCUACUGGUUCCUCGAGGACGCCAUCGAUUUGAGGGGCUUCGCUCCCUUCCGGCACGUCUUGCGGCAUCUGUACCUAGACGGAUGGCCGCUUCCAAUGGGACAGGACACCGGCGGCGGGAAAGAUCCGGACCUCGAGGAGAUCGCCGGCAUGAUGGUUCGGGACCUGUCCCUGCACCCCUUGGCCUUCGUCGGCGUCCGCGCCGGUCGCCCGGGAACCCCCACGCUACAAAUCGACGAGCCCCAGCUGACUCUGAGCAGACACAAGUACUUCGACGUCACCUUCAACCUCGGCGCCUACAAGCUGCAGGUGGCGGACGCGCUCAACUUGAUUAACGAGCGGAACGAUUCGCUCGUCCUGGCCUCGGACAUCGUGGACCUGGAACAGCAGCUGGCAGAGGUGAAAAGGAGAUUGCAUCUGCGCACGUACUAA